GGAUGUUUAUCCGUUGUGGUGGUCUGGGUCUCUCUCAGGAGUUUGCGGAACAGCGCUUCGAUGACCUCAUGGUGAUGUUCGGAGGAACCAAUCCUGCUUGUAAUGGAAUCGAAGAGGCUGCAUUCAACUCAGACUUCCCCACGCCGGCCUUCAUCGACAGUCAAAUACAGUCUUUGAUUACAACGUGCGAGGCUGACAGAUCUCGCUACCAAUCAGUCAAGGACUGUAACAAGCUCCUAGAUUUCUGCGUCUAUUCAGCCAAAUACUCCGGCUCUCAAGGCUGUAAGAACUACAUCAACGGCGUCAUCAAAGGGAUCUACAGGCUGGACCGGGAAACAACGACAGCUGGAGUCACUUUACCGGGGAACACCGACAGGGGAACGGCGACUAGGCCUAGUAUUUCACUAUCUUUCUUUGUUUCAGUUUAUCUUGGUGUAAUCGCCUACAGUAUCGAAUACAGCUAGACCAGAAAUGUUGCAUUCCGUCUCGAUUUUCAAGUUAAAAAUAAGGGUCGUUUGGACAAAAAA